GUGAAACUUUCAUUGUAUGUAGCAGAUGAGAAUAGAGAGCUUGCUUUGGUGCAGACAAAAACAAUUAAAAAGACGCUGAACCCCAAGUGGAAUGAAGAAUUUUAUUUUAGAGUAAACCCAUCUAAUCAUAGACUCCUUUUUGAAGUAUUUGACGAAAACAGAUUGACAAGAGACGACUUCCUGGGACAGGUGGACGUGCCCCUGAAUCAUCUCCCGACAGAAGAUCCAACCAUGGAGCGACCCUAUACAUUUAAGGAUUUUCUCCUCAGACCAAGAAGUCACAAAUCUCGAGUUAAAGGAUUUUUGCGGUUGAAAAUGGCCUACAUGCCCAAAAAUGGAGGUCAAGAUGAAGAGAACAGUGAGCAGAGGGAAGACAUGGAGCAUGGCUGGGAAGUUGUGGACUCCAAUGACUCAGCUUCUCAACACCAGGAGGAACUUCCUCCUCCGCCUCUGCCCCCUGGGUGGGAAGAAAAAGUGGACAAUCUGGGCCGGACUUACUAUGUCAACCACAACAACAGGACCACUCAGUGGCACCGACCGAGCUUGAUGGAUGUUUCUUCUGAGUCUGACAACAACAUCCGGCAGAUAAACCAGGAGGCUGCCCACCGGCGGUUUCGCUCCCGCCGUCAUAUCAGCGAGGACUUGGAGCCAGAGCCCCCAGAAGGCGGAGACACCCCUGAGCCGUGGGAGACCAUUUCGGAAGAAGUGAAUCUCACUGGGGACUCGCUCAGUCUGGCCCUGCCACCCCCACCGGCUUCCCCUGUGUCCCGGACGAGCCCUCAAGAGCUGUCAGAAGAACUCACCAGAAGGCUUCAGGUCACUCCAGAUUCCAAUGGGGAACAAUUCAGCUCUUUGAUUCAAAGAGAACCCUCCUCAAGACUGAGGUCCUGCAGCGUCACAGAUGCGGUGGCCGAACAGGCGCAUCUGCCACCGCCAUCAGUGGCCUAUGUGCACACCACGCCGGGUCUUCCUUCUGGCUGGGAAGAAAGGAAAGAUGCUAAGGGACGCACGUACUAUGUCAAUCAUAACAACCGAACCACAACGUGGACUCGCCCUAUCAUGCAGCUCGCAGAAGAUGGCGCAUCCGGGUCAGCCACAAACAGUAACAGUCAUCUCAUCGAGCCUCAGAUCCGCCGGCCUCGCAGUCUCAGUUCACCAACAGUGACUUUAUCUGCCCCACUGGAGGGUGCCAAGGAUUCACCCAUACGUCGGGCUGUGAAAGAUACCCUUUCCAACCCACAGUCCCCACAGCCAUCACCUUACAACUCCCCCAAACCACAACACAGAGUCACACAGAGCUUCCUGCCACCUGGCUGGGAGAUGAGGAUAGCUCCAAACGGCCGGCCCUUCUUCAUCGAUCACAACACAAAGACGACAACUUGGGAAGAUCCGCGCCUGAAGUUUCCGGUACAUAUGCGAUCCAAGGCGUCUUUAAAUCCCAAUGAUCUCGGGCCUCUUCCUCCUGGUUGGGAAGAAAGAAUUCACUUGGAUGGCCGAACGUUUUAUAUCGAUCACAAUAGCAAAAUUACUCAGUGGGAAGACCCCAGACUGCAGAACCCAGCUAUUACUGGUCCGAAGGCUGUUCCAUACUCCCGGGAAUUUAAGCAGAAAUAUGACUACUUUAGGAAAAAAUUAAAGAAACCUGCUGAUAUUCCGAAUAGAUUUGAAAUGAAACUUCACAGAAAUAACAUAUUUGAAGAGUCAUAUAGGAGAAUCAUGUCUGUGAAGAGACCAGAUGUCCUAAAAGCCAGACUGUGGAUUGAAUUUGAAUCAGAGAAAGGUCUUGACUAUGGAGGCGUGGCCAGAGAAUGGUUCUUCUUACUAUCCAAGGAGAUGUUCAAUCCCUACUACGGUCUCUUUGAGUACUCUGCAACAGACAACUAUACACUUCAGAUCAAUCCCAAUUCUGGCCUCUGUAAUGAAGACCAUUUAUCCUACUUCACUUUUAUUGGGAGGGUUGCUGGUCUGGCAGUAUUUCAUGGAAAACUCUUAGAUGGCUUCUUCAUUAGACCAUUUUACAAAAUGAUGCUGGGGAAGCAGAUUACACUGAAUGACAUGGAAUCCGUGGACAGUGAAUAUUACAACUCUUUGAAGUGGAUCUUAGAAAAUGACCCCACUGAGCUGGACCUCAUGUUCUGUAUAGAUGAAGAGAACUUUGGGCAGACAUACCAAGUGGAUCUGAAGCCCAAUGGGUCAGAAAUAAUGGUAACAAAUGAAAACAAAAGGGAGUAUAUUGACCUCGUCAUCCAGUGGAGAUUUGUGAACAGGGUUCAGAAGCAAAUGAAUGCAUUCUUGGAGGGAUUCACAGAACUGCUUCCUAUUGAUUUGAUUAAAAUUUUUGAUGAAAACGAACUGGAGUUGCUGAUGUGCGGCCUUGGUGACGUGGAUGUGAACGACUGGAGGCAGCAUUCUAUUUACAAGAACGGCUACUGCCCAAAUCACCCUGUCAUCCAGUGGUUCUGGAAGGCAGUGCUGCUGAUGGACGCCGAGAAGCGCAUACGGUUACUGCAGUUUGUCACGGGGACAUCCCGAGUACCCAUGAAUGGAUUCGCGGAACUUUAUGGUUCCAACGGUCCUCAGCUGUUUACCAUAGAGCAGUGGGGGAGUCCGGAGAAACUGCCCAGAGCUCAUACGUGCUUUAAUCGCCUUGAUUUACCUCCAUAUGAAACCUUUGAAGACUUACGAGAGAAACUUCUCAUGGCUGUGGAAAAUGCUCAAGGAUUCGAAGGGGUGGAUUAAAUGACCUCAGCCUGGGAGUGGUCAUCCGUCCAGCAAGUUCUACUUGCACUUUUGCAUUUUGCCUAACAGACGUUUGCAGACACAGCAGCGGAAGCACGGUUGCGCAGUGAGGCUUCUGGGGCAGAGCCUUGUCCUGGCACCUGUCCGAGCUCGGAUGCGGGAGCCGGCCCAGCACAGACUUUCCUGGACUUUCUUCCACAGACUCUCCACUGGUUGUCAUGCACACUAAUUACAUUUCAGGAGGAACUCCUCUAUUUAUGUCGUGCCUCUGUAGGCAAAGCCCUUAAUAAAUAUUUUACAUACUUUCUAAUGACAACAAAUGGAAUUAAUCACCCUACAGGUAUAGUAUUACAACUCAUGUUUACUUUUUUAAAUGAUUUAGACCGAUUUUCAGAUUUUAUUUCUUGACGAUUAAAGAUGUCUCCUGUACUUGGAAAGUGAACUCUUUUUUUUUUUUUCUUUUUCUGUUUUGUAUUUGCAUUUCAUACCAGACUCCAUGUCAGUGAUAUUUUUAUUUUUGAAGUCCUUUGACUCUCCCACCCCGACUUCUAGAAUCGGAAGACUGAUUUUUGUCCAGAAACUUGUCUACAGACAAGUACUUUGAGAGACUCUCCAGUAGAACAUUAGGCAUAAUGAUUAUUUUUCCCAUAC